UGUUCUUUUAAAUUGUUAUAUUUUUUAAACACGCAUAAAAAAUAUAUUACGAUGUUAUUGUUCAUUUGGCUGAGUGGUUGGUGCUCGUCGCGCGUAAAUAAUCGCGGGUUUUAAACAAAUGAAAUGUCUCACUGGCGGGUGGUGGUUAUCAUCACCCUCGGAAGGGCGAUAAAAUAUGUACCGCGUUGUAGAAAGUGUACAGGAGAGUUGUGCUGUAUCAUGUGGGAGAACCGACCCACGCUAUAAGAACCCUGGAAUGUAUACCGCUGGCGGCAGGGGCUGUCCAACGCUCGUAUUUGAACGGGCAAUUGUAAUUGAUGUGGAUAUGAACAUUAAUCCGUGUAUGGUUUAAAAACAAAUUAGAAAUGAAGGUGGUCGUUAUUACAAUGCUCUAAUAGUACAGUACUUGCAGACGUGCAAUAUCGACACGAACACUGUGUAAGGUACCCUGAAGCCCACCAUUCCGCCACGAGUCAAACAUUGAAAGCAUCCCAGCGGCACUCAAUUGGGUUCUAGAGGGCGCAUAUUCUCGACCUGGCAACACGAUUGUGCGGCUUACUUUUAUCAGCCACUUGUGUCACUGCAAGGGCUUCUUGUGGUCACGCAGUUGGUGAGUGAAGACCCAAAACGUCAAGCAGCAGCACUGUCGAUGUUGAUCACGGUGCAUCGUUAAGACCGAGGCCGACUCCCGCAGGAAGUCACGCCAUGGAGAGUUCGAGCUUACACGACGAGUACGCCCUCCUCUCCGCCCCUCGGCUCACGCUCUCAUUAUUGGCGCUCGGCCUGCUGCUCGCGGUCGCUUUAGUCCGACGCCGGCGCUCCGCGCAUCGGCGCCACGGCGACGCGAGGCCCCUCCCGGGCCCCAUCUGCUGGCCCAUCGUCGGCAACAUCCUCCAGCUGUGGCCCAACCCCCACCUCAAACUCACCAGGAUGCACGAUCGCUACGGGGACGUGUUCCGCGUUCACCUCGGCUCCGUCCCCGUGGUGGUCCUCAGCGGUCUGGAGACGAUCAAGCGGGCGCUGGUGAAGAACGGCGACGCGUUCGCGGGGCGGCCGCCGUUCUACUCGCUGAGCUUGGUCGGUAACGGAGACACGCUGACGUUCACCCGCGCGUACGACGGCUGCUGGAGGGCGCACAAGAGGCUGGCGCGGAGCGCCCUGCGGAACUUCUGCGCCGCGCCGGCACGCGCCGCGGGCUACGCGUGCCUGCUGGAGGAGCACGUAUGCGAGGAGGCCGAACGGCUGCUGCUCGCUUGCAAGGGCGGCGGAGCGCAGCCCGGCGGCUUCGACCCCGUGCCCUCCAUCACGUGCGCCGUGGCCAACGUGAUGUGCGCGCUCGUGUUCGGGAAGCGCUACCCGCACGGGGACCCGAAGUUCCUGCAGAUCGUGGGGUUCAACGAAGAGGCGUCGCAGCUGUCGGGCGCCGGGAACCUCGUGGAUUUCUUCCCGGUCUUGCGUCACGUGCCGAAUGCUCAGCUAAGGGCACUCAAAGUCCUCUCCGCCCGGCUCUUGGCUUUCAUGGAAGGCCACAUCAAGGAACACUACCACUCCUACCAAGAGGGCCACGUGCGCGACAUCACGGACGCGCUCAUCGCCAUGUGCGCCGAGCAGGAGGACGCGCUGCGCGAGGUGGGCCUCAGCGACGAGCGCGUCGUCGCCACGGCGCUCGACAUUUUCGGUGCCGGCUUCGACACGAUCAUCACCGGCUUGACGUGGUGCCUUCUGUACCUCUGCAUCCAUCCCGACGUCCAGGACAAGCUGCAGCGAGAGAUCGACGAAACGAUCGGCAGGGACCGCGCUCCGAGGUUCGAGGACCGCGGGAACCUGCGGCGCGUGGAGGCCUUCCUCACCGAGACGUUCCGCCACUCCGCGUUCGUCCCGUUCACCAUCCCACACAGCACGACGCAGGACGUGGUGCUCAAUGGCAUGUUCAUCCCUCGGGACACGUGCGUGUUUGUCAACCUUCACCAGGUCAACCACGACCCGACCGUAUGGAGCGACCCCGAGCGGUUCGAUCCGGACCGCUUCUUGUCGCACGACGGAAAGGAGGUGAACAAGGAGAUGGUGGAGAAGGUUCAGAUCUUCGGCCUGGGCAAGCGCCGCUGCCUGGGCGACGUGGUGGCGCGCCAGGAGCUCUUCGUGGUCCUCGUCACGCUGCUCCAGGGGCUGUCGUUCCGAGUGCCGCCCGGCACGCCCACACCGAGCAUCACCCCGCAGCACGCCCUGGUGAUGAAGCCGCCGCGCUUUCACGUGUGCGCGUCCCCGCGGGCGUGAGCCGACGCUUGCCGGUGCUGGCCGGGCGGACGCUGUGGGAUUGCGAGAGCUGGCUUUUUUUGCCGGGCGAUUGAACCGUUCGGGGUGUGUGCGCGGCCACAGCAACGAAUGUACAAUGGGGCAACGAAGUGAAAGACUGCAGGGAGUCUUGAUUACAGAUGUGUGUGUGCGUGUUUUUUUUGUAGAGACACACAGGCGCCCCGGUCAUUGUCUUCGGGCACAACAUCGCGCUCAUUCCCCCCUUGUGCCAAAGUCUUGGGAUCUUGCACUGCUGUGCUUGCUUGCACCGUCACGCUCCAGUGCAGAGCAGUUUAGACGAUGUGUUUUUGGGCUGCUCUAUUGGCUGUGGUUUUCACACCUGAUGAUGAUUGCUUGUGUUGCAAUCGAAACGUCGUGAGAAUUUAAUAGUUUUAUUAUUUUAUUAUUUCCCUUCUACGUGACUUUACCGAAAGAACCAAGAAUAUGAAUCCCUGCAGUCACGAAAGCUUUCAAUCGAAACAGAAGGAUGUUUUCAGUUCCCUCUUCGCAAUGCGCAAUACGAUUUUUGUGUCACUGUUGGAGAGACCACGGAGGGCACCACCUGCAGUUUGUGCAGGACACAAGUGAAAUGUGAACAAGCUCAAUGUUUUUCUUUUUACCAACCUCAGAAUCAGAAUAUUUAUUGAUACUGGAGAAAUCCAAUGAGCUAAAAUGCUCAAAUCGGAUGAGCUAUGAAGCUCUUUGUCACAGAUGUCAGAACAUUGCAACAAACAAUACAAACAACACAAUAGGAGUUCAUUUAAUUUAUUUUCAUUUAUUAGGUAUAGCCUGUGAGCCAUUCGGCUCUUGAAUCGAAAGGAAAGGUAAACAUUUCACUGGAAAAAAAAUACAAAUUAAAAUAAACAACUUUUUUACCUUACCAGGAAAAGCCCACUGAGGUAUGAACUUAUUUUUCAGAAGCGACCUGGCCACAAAUGAUAGCUCAACAAAGUGGCUUAUCAUUGUUGAAAUUAUAGCAGCAAAAUAAUCUAAAUGCAUGUUUCUCACUCAUGUCUAAGGCUCGUUUAUCAACCUGUCAUCUCCACUAUAGAAUGCCACCUCUUCUGUGCCACAGUGAUGGACGAUAAUGUCCUUCCCAUUGACAUCCAGUGUUACCUCCAUUUUAUCGAUAUGUUGCCAUAUGGUGGCAAUAUGUUCAGGAGCUAUAUUCCAAUGUCGAGGUCUGCCAGCCACGAGAGGACUUCAGGAGAAAAUUCGUGUAGUUUUACUGGUGAAUAGUUACAUUGAAAUGAAAAGCUUAUUUAAAGACUGAAUCAGACAUCAGAGUGCGGUCAAACUAUCGACGAUACGAGAGUGAAAAUACAAACGGUGUGCACAACCAUUACUCCUGAUUCUCUGACAGCAGAGAGGAGUUGGGUGUUAGAGAAAGAGGAAUCCGGGAACACCAUACCACCUCGACCGCACCAAAGAGCGCCGGUUUCUUAACGGACCGAGACAAACGUCGAUGAGUUUAACCCAAAUGCGUGGCCAUCAGCCACCGCCCGCGUGUUCCACACCGCCGCGUGGUGGAGAAGCCGGCUUACGGGGCGCCGACGUCUCUCGCCGUCCCUCGAGCGCUCGGCAGUCGCGCCGCGGUGCGAGCCCUCGCAACGAACGUCUCCUCCCUGGCGUUCCAGAACACCUAUUGACGAAGGAGGAAUCCGUUGAGCGAUAAAGCUCUUUCCCCCCCUCCCCCCAUGGCGUAGCUAGGAUAUUUUGCGCCCGGGGACGAACUAUAAAAUUGGCGCCCCCCCCCCCCCCCCCCCGUUUAAUCACAUGCCAAAAUGUAAUUACAUGACAUGUCGGCUGUGUGUGGCGGGAUAUAUUAAAGUUUAGGUUGAGGUGUAGAUUUGUGCAGUAGUUUCAGGCUGCCGCGCCCGCCGCAACAAGUUAUCAUGUAACGUUGUAUGCCUCAUUUUGGCGCCCCUUUACCUUGGCGCCCGGGGACAUUUGUACCCCCCCUGCCCCCCCCCCCCCCCCCCUAGCUACGCCUCUGCUCCCCCCACAGAUGCCCAGUAAGUGUUCACGGAUGUUCCCUCACGAGGGAAGGGGGCUCUGCCUCCCUGCGUCCUCGCGCUGCAACACACACGCACAUCGCCGUCCUAGGCCAACUCCUCCGCCCCGUGGUCCGAGGUCGCCACUUGGACCACCGCUCCCUGCGCCUGCCCUCAUGCCCUCCACGCUGGUGCCCCGGUGAUCACCACCUUUUUUCUCGCGUGGGUCUCCGCUCUUCUUGCGCGGCGUUCUAUCCAUCCGAGUUGACUUCUUUUUUUUCCCCUCCUUUCCAGCUUGUCAGAGAUGGGUGACACUCUUGCCUUCUUCCUUGACGCUUCAUCUCUGACCCGAUCCAGUUUCGAUGUUUACAUCGCAUGAUGAUGAGGGAUGGCGACAGCUUGGGAAGUCAUCAUUUCUGACGACGAAAUCCUGUUUCUGUAUAUACUCUAUAUAGACACCUGUCAACCCCUUAUCAGUGCCUACCUUAUGACAGACCAAGUCAGACUUUAUUGGUCACCCCGUGGCCUUAUAAAUCUCAACGUUCAUCCUACAACAUCACAAGGGAUACACACAAACAUUUAGACACAUUUUUAGAUAGAGUAGAGUAGUGCCUAUGGGCCAGAUAGAGCCUCCACUCCCCCUACCCCACACUCCCACCCUCCCUGUCUCUCCUCCCUGGCUCCCCCCCCCUUCUCUUACCUAUAUAGCCUCUUGUUGCAGAAGCCCUUUUGCCCACUUCAGCAAUUGUUUCUUGCUGUGGUUGUCCCACCUGAUGACGGACGCUUGUGUUGCGCCCGAAACGUCGUGAUUUAUUUUAUUUUUAUACCUACGUGACUACCGAAAGAACCAAAGUAUGGAUCCCUGCAGUCACGAAAACUUCAAAUCUCGAUUAAGAGUAGUGUGGUGUAGAGUGGUGUCUACGGCGCGGUCCUCUUCUGAAGCACCCCGCUGCUAAUCAUCUUUCCUACUUUGUGUAGCGAACUAUCGAACAAAGACGGUCAUUGGAUCGCGCGCUUUUAGAUGCGCUUCUGCAACCGUCUGGAACGCUCUUCCUUUCGAUAUUAGGUAGCCACUGGAGCUAUGCACUUUUAAAUCUAGCUUGAAAAUGUAUUUCUUUAGAACAGUUAUUUUGUGAUUCGUUUGUUGUCCGUCUCCCGCAUCUCCAGUUAUCACGGUUGGCUACGUACGGUGCGAAAGAAGUUAAACAUACUAAUUUUGUCCAGAUAUUGCGUGUUGUGCAGGGUUCUCAAGGAAUGGGAUCACUAAGUAUUAUUGUUAUGGUUUGCUGUACAAUCGCAUAUGCAAUUACGAAACAUCCCAUGUAUUUUUCUUUAAUAAACAUUCUCCGGUGAUAUAUAAUUGUAUCAAA